AUGCCAUUCACCGUACCAUUUGGUGUGCCAUUCCAUGUGCCGUUCAAUGUGCUGUUCGAUGUGCCAUUCACUGUGCCAGCUCGUGUGCCAUUCCAUGUGCCAUUCGAUGUGCCGUUCAAUGUGCCAAUCGGUAUGCUGUUUGUUGUGCCGUUCAACAUGCUGUUCGAUGUGCCGUUCAAUGUGCUGUUCGAUGUGCCAUUCAGUGUGUCGUUUGAUAUGCCAUUUGCUGUGCCGUUUGAUGUGCCAUUCAGUGUGCCGUUCGCCCUGCCAUUCAGUGUGCCAUUGACCGUGCCGGCUCGUGUGCCAUUCCAUGUGCCGUUCAAUGUGCUGUUUGAUGUGCCAUUCACCGUGCUGGCUCGUGUGCCAUUCGCCGUGCCGGCUUGUGUGCCAAUCAGUGUGCCAUUCAGUAUGCCGUUCGCCGUGCCAUUCAGUGUGCCAUUCAAUGUGCCGGCUUGUGUGCCAUUCCAUGUGCUGUUCAAUGUGCUGUUCAAUGUGCCGUUCGAUGUGCCGUUCGACAUGCCAUUCACUGUACCAUUCACCGUGCCAUUCACCGUGCCGGCUCGUGUGCCAUUCAAUGUGCCGUUCGAUGUGCCAUUCGACAUACCAUUCGAUGUGCCAUUCGACAUACCAUUCGAUGUGCCAUUCACCGUGCCAUGCGCAGUGCCGGCCUGCCACGCUGUCAACUGGCCAAUGAAUGGCAUCGCCAGCCACAUAUACCACACCACCAACUCCCCGACCGCCCGUGGCACAUACCGGUGGAUCAGCUUGCUGUCGUUGCUCGCAUGGAAGCCCUUGUGGUAUGCAGUCACCAGUGUCACCAUCCCAUCCUCAAUGAACACAUUGCGGAAUUGGUUGUUCGGCGUGUUGACAUACUGCACACUGAGCAGCUCGGGGGCCCGUGCCGGCUGCCCCGCCGUCAUAUGGAUGGCCACGGCCAGUUUCUCCUUGAACCGGGCCACCCGGGCCAGAUACUGUGCCACCAAUGGGCCGUGGAUCGCCCCCGGCGCAUGA